GUGAAAGUGUGUGUGUGUGUGUGUGUGUGUGAGAGAGAGAGAGAGUGAGAGAGUUCACUUGUUCCGUUAGUACCUAGCGGAUUCAUCUGGACUGGGCACAACUCUGGAGGAUCAGCUUAAAGGUGUGUAUGUGUGUGUGUGUGAACAGAAUUACAACAGAAGGAGAGAGAGAACUGUGUAAAAUCUAGAAAAGGACAAAUCUGAGAGCAAAAGAAGGGCGAUGCUCGGGGAGUGGUUUUGGUGGGAUCGGCUGUGGUUGCCGAGGCCGGUGACGUGGGCGGACCUAGAGGACAGUGAGGGGUGUGUCUACGCCCGCGUGUCCCACUUGUACGUCACUCUACCUGUAGCAGUACUGCUGCUAGGUUUAAGGGCAUUAUAUGAAAGGCUGAUCGCGGGGCCGCUCGCUGAGGCUCUUGGGGUUAGAGACAAAAAUCGCAAGAGAGCAUCACACAAUCCAGUGCUGGAAGAAUACUACAAAACACACUCUAAACAUCCAAUACAGGCGGAUAUAAAAGGUGUGUGUAAAAAGUUGGGCUGGUCGGAAAGGCAAGUGGAGCGCUGGUUCCGCAUUCGGAGGAACCAAGACAGACCCGCAGUACUAAAGAAAUUCAAAGAAGCCAGUUGGCGGUUUGCCUUUUAUCUGUGUUCGUCUUUCGGAGGCGUGUUGGCUUUAUAUGAUAAACCAUGGUUUUAUGAUCUACGGGAAGUGUGGGCAGUAUUUCCCAAACAAUCACUGCUGGACUCUCAAUACUGGUAUUACAUCAUUGAGAUGAGUUUUUAUGGUUCUUUACUGUUCAGUGUGGCUGCAGAUGUCAAACGGAAGGACUUUAAGGAGCAGUUGGUCCAUCAUUGGGCCACUUUAACUCUGCUCUCCUUCUCCUGGUGUGCAAACUACAUCCGCAUUGGCACACUGGUCAUGCUGGUCCAUGACACAUCUGAUGUCCUACUUGAGUCUGCUAAGAUGUUUAACUAUGCUGGAUGGGAGACGACCUGCAACAGUAUAUUUGUGGUGUUCGCUCUGGUCUUCAUGGUAACCAGACUCAUCAUCUUCCCUUUCUGGCUGAUCCACUGUACGUGGGUGUAUCCUCUGGACCAGUUUGAACCCUUUUUCGGCUAUUAUUUCUUUAACGUCAUGCUUGUGGUGCUGCUGUUAUUGCACGUGUUCUGGGCCUCCCUGAUCCUCCGCAUGGUCAAAAAGUUUCUCUUCGGCAAUCUAAAGGGUGAUGAGCGCAGUGAUGAAGAAGAGAAUGAGGAGGGCUCUGAGGAAGACUAUACGCACACAUACUCUAAUGGAUCUGGGAAUGGACUGUCUAAUGGCCAUUGACACAGAAGGAAAGCUUCCAUAAACAGACACAAAUCGACUUU